CGCUUUCCAUUUCAAUUUUUUCAUUUUCAUCUCCCACUCCCAGACCUCUUCCUUGAAAAUCCCCAAUUAGAAGGAGAGAGAGCAUACCAUCGACAACAACACCCACACCACCAAUCAAUCUAUCUUCAUCUCCCAACCCUUCUCCCCCUUAUCGCUGCGCUUAUUGCUGGCUCAAACCCUAGAUUUCUCCGUUUCGCGCCGCCCUCCGAAACCUUCCUCCUCCAGGCGCAAGAACCAGAAGGCUGCAUCUCCUUCCCGCCGGCGGCCUUUGCAUCAAUCCCUGGCCACCUCUUCCUAAUCCCUCCAUCAUCAAUCCAUUCAAUAGAACAGGAAUCAAACUUUGAAAUCUCCUACGAUGAGCAUAACGACGACAGUGGAGAAGUCUUGCAAUGAAAACUGCGAGACAAGAUCUUAUGGAGAUGAUAAUGGCAAAGAUAGAACAAUCGCGAGACCGAUCCGGUAGAGAUUCCUUCUUGCGACCCAAUCUCUGGUCUCCUGUCCAGCGAUGGCGCCGAUUGACG